AUGUGCAUGCCUCCCUUGGCUGCAGUGGUUCUGGCGGUGACUGUCCAAACAGCCUGGGCUGGAGUGCUGUGUUCUUGGACUAGUGACGAAUCUACGAAAGGCCUUCCCAGUGGAUGGCGUGAUGGGCUUCGCUCGCUGCAUGACCUCGCAGGGUGUGAAGGUUACAACAAGGCGGCGCGGCCGAUAGCGGGCAGUGUUGCCGAGCUGUUGCAGGCUUUGGACUUGGAGGAUGACGGUACCGAUCAAGCAGUGGACAGGCAACGGCUGAAGAGGAGCUAUCGUGAGCUCUCCGUGAAGCACCAUCCCGACAAGUCCUCGGAGUCGUCCGGAUUCCAACGCCUGCGGCAUGCUUACGAAAUCCUUGAUGAUCCAGUCAAGCUGCUGUUGUACGACAGCGGAGGGCUAGAACUGGUGAGACAGUACGAGAUGCAUCCUGAUGAGGUUCCGACAACUGAGAACUUAGAGGUUUCCCACAGCAUCUCCUUGGAGGAAGCAUAUGCAGGUGGUGACUAUGCCUUGGGCCUGAGCAAACAGAUCCUUUGCCUCUCCUGUCGGCACCAACCGCGCUUGCCCCGCUGCCGACGAUGCCAGGCCUGUCCGGAUGAGGUGCACCUACGACAGGUUUGGAUCAACCAGUGGGAGUACUACAUGGAGGAAUUGCUCGUGCCGAGCCGUGAGAGAUGCAGACAGACAGACAUGAGCUUGAACAUGACAAUCGAGCGCGGUGCCAUGAGCGGAGAUAGGCUGCGGUUUGAGUCCAUGGCAGCGCAAUUGCCAGGACAUGUUCCUGGCGACGUGCUUGUGAACCUUGACGUUCGGCAACACCCUGUGUUCAAGCGAAGGGGUUCGGAUCUCGUGCUUCCGCUUCCUAUCUCCUUGCUGGAGGCCCUCGUGGGCUUCAAGCGUGAGGUUGGGCACCUCGAUGGCCGCGUGCUACACAUUUCUGUUCCGAGGGGGGCCGUCGUGCACCCUGAAAGUGUGUUGGAAAUUGAAGCUGCGGGCAUGCCUGUUCACGAAGAUCCGUCGACCUUUGGCCGCUUGUUGGUUCAGUUCCAGAUUGAAUUUCCGGAGCAUGUGGACCCUGCGACCGCCGCGCAACUCGAGGAAGCCUUCGCCCUCUGA